UUGAAAACCAUUGCUCUGGGCCAGAUGUUGUCCUUGUGUAUAUGUGGGACAGCCAUCACCAGCCAGUAUUUGACAGAAAAGUACAAAGUGAACACCCCCAUGCUUCAGAGCUUUAUCAACUAUUGCUUACUGUUCCUAAUUUAUACAAUGAUGCUGGCAUUUCAGUCAGGCAGUGAUAACCUUUUAGACAUCUUGAAAAGGAAAUGGUGGAAGUACAUUCUGCUGGGACUGGCAGAUGUGGAAGCGAAUUACACGAUCGUCAGAGCAUACCAAUACACCACUCUAACCAGUGUCCAGCUUUUGGAUUGCUUUGGGAUUCCUGUGUUGAUGGCUCUCUCGUGGUUUAUUCUUCGUGCAAGAUACAGAGUGAUCCACUUCAUUGCUGUGUUUGUCUGUCUGUUGGGGGUAGGAACCAUGGUUGGUGCAGACAUCUUAGCUGGGAGGGACGACAACUCAGGGAGUGACGUGCUGAUUGGUGACCUCUUGGUCCUGCUUGGAGCUUCCCUCUAUGCCGUUUCUAAUGUGUGUGAAGAAUACAUUGUGAAGAAGCUGAGCAGACAGGAAUUUUUAGGAAUGGUGGGCUUAUUUGGAACAAUUAUCAGUGGCAUACAGCUAUUGAUUGUGGAAUAUAAGGAUAUUGCCAGCAUUCACUGGGACUGGAAAAUUGCCCUGCUAUUUGUGGCAUUUGCUCUCUGUAUGUUUUGCCUAUACAGCUUCAUGCCAUUGGUGAUUAAAGUCACUAGUGCCACCUCUGUCAACUUGGGCAUCCUGACAGCUGAUCUCUACAGCCUUUUCUUUGGACUCUUUCUGUUUGGUUAUAAGUUUUCAGGACUCUACAUCCUGUCCUUUACUGUCAUCAUGCUGGGGUUUAUCCUGUACUGCUCCACCCCGACGCGCACAGCAGAGCCAGCGGAGAGCAAUGUGCCCCCAGUCACCAGCAUUGGAAUUGACAACCUUGGACUGAAGCUUGAGGAGAGUGGUCUCCCAGAGACCCAAUCUGCGGUCUUGUAGCUGGAGAGGAUGGCACACACCUGUGCAGCACCAGGAGAAAGCAGAACCCACCGACUGCUGAGAGACACUUGGGGAAAUUACAAGGCUUGGAAUGAACCCUCUAUAGCACUGGAUUACACUCAGUGGUUAGAUUUUAGAAAGGAACACUGAACAAUGUAUCAAAAAUAGAUAUACCAAAAUAGAGCAGAACCCAAGACCAGGACCUGUUUCUUCUGUGUGUUAAGGACUAAAACCUUUGGGUGAGAGGGAGACAAGGUGUGGGCCCUGCUGCGGGUAUCUCAGAGGUACAUGUGAGAGAGCAGAAUGGGGGAAUACCCAGGAGUGAACCAGCCUUGGGCAGGGUCUGAAAGUAGGCUGUCCAGUCUGGGCCAAGUGCUCAGGAGUAGGGAUGGUCCAGGGCGGUUCUGGAACAGGUUUCCUCUGUUGGAAACUUUGGGGUUUUGUCCUGCUGAGGCAGUUAUCCACAGGCCUUGUGGCCUUUGGGCACAGAUGAGUCCUGGCCACUGACUGCAUAUGGUGGGAAAAUGGGUGGGGCAGCAUUUGAGAGGUUCUGAGAUAAAAGAAUGAAUAAUAUGGAAGCAUGAAACUGGAAUGUAGUAGCCUAGAACCCUCUCUCAAUUGUAGGCUCUCUCUCUUUUUUAAAUAUUUCUCCUCCAUCAUUCCCAGGUCCUCACUGGUCACAUUUGUUCCUUCAUUCCAGGUCCCAGAGCAGACUGUGAUCUUAAAGUCUGUCGGUGAACAUCCCUUCUACAUUUUCAGCUUCACACCAUAUGCCAAGAUUUCUCAAACCUGAGCAAAUAUGUGGAUACCAUCCUUUAACAAAAAUUCUCAUGACUCCCAGAAAUAUUCCCUAUUGAUCUCAUUUUAUUGUUUCAGCUCAGAAAACUAAGUCUUACAGCAAAUUAUCACAGCAAGGAGAAAACUUUAUUUGUAUAACUGGUAAAGAAAAUAGAUUAUCAUCAAAAUGAAAACAUAAAAUGAAUGAUUUUUCAGAGAAUAGUAUGCCCCAGAGCCUAGGAAGCCUUCAUUAGUUGAUAGAGAGCUCUACUCUACUUCCUACCAAAAUGUUUGUAAUGCCAUGAGAUUUUUAUGAUUCUUUUUCAAUGUAAAGUGUUAACAUGCAGCAUCAGUAUAAUAUCAACCACCAAAAUGACACUUUCAGAAAACUUUGUUUGUAAAAAAAAUUUUUUAUAAAAGUAUAAUACAACA